AUGGCAGAUGCCGGUCUUAAAAAGGUGUCCGAACCUGCCGCCCCGGGAGUUGCUAAAGAGGUGAUAGCUAGCUCUUCUCCUGAAUCCGGGGAAGAAUAUUACAGCAGCAGCACUAUCAGCAGUCGCAGCACUAGUUGCAGCAGCAGCAGCAGUAGCCGCAGCCGCUCGGUUAGGAAGAAGAGGGUACCUGGGUCUUCCAGAAGGGAGCAGCGGGCUCUGUCAGGUAAAAAAAAAAAAAAAAAAAUUGUUGAUAGGCUGCCGCAGGCAUUUAGAAAUCGCGUGCAGGCGCCAAGAAAUAUUCAAGAUGAAUGUGACAAAGUAGACUCCUGCUUCUUAAGGGCAAUUCAUGACCUUGAAAAAAAAUAUGCUGAACUCAAUAAGCCUCUAUAUGAUAGGCGAUUUCAAAUCAUCAAUGCAGAAUACGAGCCUACAGAAAAAGAAUGUGAAUGGAAUUCAGGGGAUGAGGAGUUCAGCAGUAAUGAAGCGGUGGAGGAGGAUACACCUAGUAAAAUGCCUGCCUUAGAGGGUGAGGAUGAAAAAGAAAACCCUAAUGAAAGACCUGAGGUAAAGGCUGAAGAAAAAGAUGUUCCUAAAGAAAUUCCAGAGGCAAAGGCUGAAGAAAAAGCAGAUUCUAAAGAUUUUCUGAAUACAAAGCUUGAAGAAAGAGAAGAUUCUAAAGAAGUCCUCCAGGCAAAGGCAGAAGAAAAAGAAAAGCCUAAAGGAACAGAGGUGAAGGCAAGCACUGCAGUAAAAGAGGCUCCUAAAAGAGGUCUUGAGGCAAGGCCUAAAGAAAGAGUGACUCUUAAAAGAGCUCAUAAGGGAGAGACUAAGAGAGAAGAUCCUAAAGGCAUUCCUGACUUUUGGUUGACUGUUUUGAAGAAUGCUGACAAGCUUAGGCCUAGGAGUCAGAAGUAUGAUGAGCCCAUUCUGAAGUUCUUAUCUGAUGUUAGCCUGAAUUUCUCCAAACCUGGGCAGCCUAUCAGUUACACAUUUGAAUUUUCUUUUCUAUCCAAUCCAUACUUCAGAAAUGAGGUGCUGACAAAGAUAUAUAUAAUAAAGUCAAAACCAUAUCACAGCGAUCCCUUCUUCUCUUGCAGAUGGGAAAUUGAAGAUUGCAAAGGCUGUAAGAUAGAUUGGAGAAGAGGAAAGGAUGUUACUGUGACAACCACCCAAAGUCACAUGACUGAUACUGGAGAAAUUGAGGUCCAUCCAAGAGUGGUUCCCAAUUCAUCAUUCUUCAUUUUCUUUAGUCCUCCUGCGAUUCCUCUGAUUGGAAAGCUGGAACCAAGAGAAGAUGGUAUUCUUGAUGAGGACUUUGCAAUUGGUUAAAUUUUACAUGAUGAUGUCAUCCUGAAAUCAAUCUAUUACUACACAGGAGAAAUCAGUGGUACCUACAAAGAUGGCAAAGAUUAUGGAAAUAGGAAAUAUCAAAAAUAA